CGUCAGAACGAGGCUAUAGAAAUAUCCGGAAAAAUCUUUGGUCUUUAUUGCAUCGUAUUUAGAAUUGCUCCGAAAAAAAGAAAAAUAAUAUCUGUGUUCUCGCAGGCCUUACCACGGAUUUUACCUCCCAGUUUCGCAGGCAUAUGCCAAGCUCUCCGAGCAUGAUUGUGCCAAUAAUGGGAAAAGAUUCGCGCUGGCUACAGGUCGAGGUUUGCCGAGAGUUUCAAAGAGGGAAGUGCUCUCGAACAGAGGAAGAGUGUCGUUUCGCGCAUCCACCGGCUCAUGUGGUCAUUCACAACGGCCGUGUUACGGCAUGCUUCGACUCUCUAAAGGGUCGAUGUCAGAGGGAAAAAUGCAAAUAUCUCCACCCACCAAAACAUCUUAAAGCACAACUAGAACACAAUGGACGGAUGCUACAACAGCAGCAACAGAUGGCAUUACAGCCACAAAUGCUUGCUCCUUUGACACAACAAAUGAUGACAAAUCCUUCAUUAUUACCAACAUGGCAAAGUCUGACAGUUCCGACAUCAAAUGGCACAUUAAUCCAUCAACCUGUAGCAUUCUUAGCUGAUCCUGGAUUAGCAGGGGGACCAAGACGGCUUGACAAGUCGGAUAAGCUAGAGGUAUGUCGAGAGUACCAAAGAGGAGCAUGUUCCAGAGAUGAAUCAGAAUGCCGCUAUGCCCACCCACCCAGACAUCUGAAUAUGGACACAUCAGAUGGGAUGGUUACAGUGUGUAUGGACUUCAUAAAAGGAAAAUGCCAGCGCGAGUCAUGUAAAUACUUCCACCCUCCUUCACACUUACAAGGAAAAGUCAAAGCAGCCCAGCAGCAACAGCAACAGAUGUCGUUACAAUCUGGCAUGCAGGAAGGCUCCCGCAAGAGGGCUUAUGAAGCUAUUUCAGAGCUGUCUGUUGGUGAGCCAUUAAGAAAACAGGCAAUGGAAGUUCCUAUCAUCGUGCCUGGUGGAAUCUCUCCUGGCUUCCCUCAUCAAGGUCUUACAACAAUGCAGUUUACAGGGCUACCUACAGUUCCAAUCAUGGGAUAUCCAUUGGGAUUACCUCAACAAACACAACAGCAAACGUUGCCUGUUUGUCGGGACUUUAGCUCUGGCCAGUGCCACAGGGAAGCCUGUCGUUAUGCCCACAUAACAGACAAAAAUGUGGAAGUUGUAAAUGGACAUGUAACGAUAUGCCGGGAUGCCAGUAAAGGAAAGUGUACGAGAUCAAACUGCAAAUACUACCAUGCCUCUCCCUCAGCAUCUUCAAGUUCUACAAGAUAGGGCCUCCAAGUUUCCCAAUACAAGGACAAGAACUGAUCAAUGGGCUGACGUAUUUUCAGGGAAGUAGAAAGAAUAAUAAUAUACAUAUUUACUAGAGGAUAAUUUCCCAUGCAUUCGGUAGAGGAAUAUUACGAUAAUUAUUGAAUCUUAGUCAUAAUUUUGAUAUUCUUAGAAUCCUUAGUUCAUAUGAGAAUUAUGCUUUUACCUGUAAUGUGAUAAUGUUUCAAAAAUCCAUGCUGUGAGUACCCUUCAUAUUUCUGCAAUUCAGACAACUCGAGGGGUGACACACUUUCUUGGUUUUAGUCCAUCAAGUUGACAUAACUGUUAGUAAUUUCUUGAUUGGCAGAAUGCAGAAGCCCUGACGUCUCGAGAUAAGGUCCCAGAACAUGGUGCAUCAUGGUCUAGCUUGGGUACUUAUAUAUUUUGUUACUCACAACCUUAUAUGGUAUGGUUUGUAUCCAAGCUAGACCACAAUGCAUCAUGUUUUUGCAGAAAUACGGAGAGCACUCUGUAGUCAUACCAAGAUAAGACUAUGCUUCAACCUUUUAAACCAACCUAUUAAUAUCUAAAGAUAGAGUAGAUUAUAAGGAGUGUGUGUAUCGAUGUUUAUAAUAUCCACAUGCUCGUGGCAUUGUUACCGUGACGAUAGGAUGCUAAGCUUUGUGAGUGGAUGAUUGGUUUAUUAUAGUCUAUGGAUUCUGAUUGGAUAAUUAGUAAUCCAUCUCCAUGUGGUUGGUAAGAAAAGGUUUACUUAGCUUCCAGACAGUGCGCUCUUUUUUGUCUCACAAUUUUUCUGUUUUUUCUGAUUUGGAUGAGAUUUUCCCCACUAUCUAUGAAUAUUUUUCUUAACAAAGCAAUUAAAGCAGUUUUCUAAUUUUUUCUUUACAAAACCAAAAUUAUGACUAAGACUGCUAUGGAAUAUUCCGCACCAAAAUAGUUGGUCAAAAUCAACUGAUUGCAAACAGUUCCGAUUUUUUUAGAAAUUUGUUGAAUUUUGUUCUUUGGAAACUGUUUGGAGGAGAAUAAAAAUCAAACAUUUCGUCAUGCGAACCUGGAUUCGAGUUGUGACUGCAAAGCAUUAGGGGAUGAUUUGGGAAACUACACUAGAUUUGGUGACUCACAAUCCAUACAUGCUUUGUUGUCACACCUGCCCAGAUCCCAAGCUUACAACAUGCAUAUGCAAAGAUCAAAUUUUUAUUGAGUUGAAAGACAUUUUCAUCCCUUGGGCAAUGCCUUCAUUGUGAUGUCUGCAUAAGGCAUGGGUGCCCAGGGUUUGGUGCACUGCAAAGCACGUUAUCAGUCUAUGAAAAUGAAAUCUUUCUAGUCAACUAAAUUAUUACUAGUUGAAGAAAUCUACUCUCCAUAACUUUGCUGUCUGCAAUACCAGAAUCCAAAUAAUUCCACUUUGCACAUGGUUGUAACGCAUGCACAGUAGAAGCAUAAUUUGGAAACCAGUUCUCUUAAAACCAGUAAUAAAGCACGAGGCUGGGUGAGUUCCAAAACUAAAACAUUUAAUCUCUAUCUACACACUUUACUGUUGAAUUAUUUUUGUACAACUCUGAGCAGUGGUGAGUUGAAAGUAAGGAGACAGUGGUCCCAGAUUUCUGAGAAACCAGUCACGGGGGAAAACAUUCAUGGGGCAUAAUAUUCCCAUGGUUUUCAUAACAUGUUUUAUUAGCCAAUUAAAAAUACCAGUGGCAAAUGGAACCAUCUGUCCCCUCCCUUUAGGUUGAGACCAAAAGAGACAUGGUACCCAGGCGAAAGAAUGAGCAAAGAGAAGAAACUGGGACUAGCUGAAUCUUUGCUUUUUUCUCUCACUGCGGAAAUAAUCAAACAUGACUAUGGCAUUCACAGAAAGCAUUUUGUAAGAAUUCAGCACCAAAUGAGUAUAUAUGAUGUAACUAAAUACAAUAUUAGGCACUCCGAUGAGAAAAUCUAUCAAGUUUACAUUCUUAGCUCUGAAUUUCAAUGUUAACAUAUAUUCAAAUUAUUUUGAAUUUAUGACUUGAAAAACAAUGAGUCUUGUAACAUUUUGUGAAUAUAUCUGCACUACGUCAGUCAUAGAAUGUCUAGUCAAGUAUAGAGUCUGUGUGUCUGUCUCUCAUUCAGCUAACAGUCCAUAGUGUGAAUAAUUUAGAUGAGUAGCCAAGUGCACCUUUGAAGUAACAUACUCUGGCUCAACAAAAUAUGGUCUGUCUGUCUGUCUGCUUAAGAUAAUUGACUAGUGCCCGCUAAUUCAAGAAUAAAGUAGCUCGUGUAGCAGAAACUUAGUUGCUAAGCAACCACAUCAGGGACACUUUUUAUGACUAGAACUAAGGAGAAGAAAACCUGAAUGUUUGUUGGACCUGCCACAAUCUGCUAUCAACAUUAGUGUCUGCAACAGGAGCUCUUUACAUCGCUGCUUUGCUGAUACCAUGCUUGUUGAACCAGAUAUCUGUUUUCCUGUACUUCAAGGUGUGCACUUGUUUUCAAUUUCAUAGGAUCUGCUACACCAUAGUUAAUAUCUAUGACUACACUAAAUUAUCUGAACACCAACUUAAAUGAGUAAAUCCUCUUAGAAGCGCUAAUUGCAUACAUAGGCAUUUUUUGCUGGCUUUUCUAGUUAAUUCUAUAACCACUGUAUUUAAUUGAAUCCGUGACGAAUAGAAGCUACCAAGUUGUUGUUACAAGACUCUUCACUCUUAAAUAAUGGUUCUCUAAGGAUUAUUGGGAGCCUUUAAAAAAAGUAGUUUAUGACAAGUAAUUGAUUUACUUUAAUUACAUUUGUGGGUUCCCUGUAGUAAGAUAUGGAUGAGGGAAACUGGUUUUCAUAAGAGCAAAGCACUUGAUGUAGUUUCCAAAACUUAUCCUUACUAAUUGAUAAUUAUGUAAAAAUUUAAACAUUUCAUCUCAUUGCAUCAACCUGCAUGAAGAUGUUUGUCGAGUAGUUUAAUUAACUACUAGCCCAUUCCCCCUAUGCCAUAACUUUACCACAGGAAACCCAUUAGCCGAAUCCUUAAACAAAUCAACAUCAAGCUUAGCUGUCAAUCAAAUGAAAAGUCUCGUUACACAACCCAAAUGCAGAUUAAAUUAUUUUUAUAUUGCAGUUCUUUAUGUACAAAAUGCACACAGUGUAUUAUAAUCCUUAAAAUGUUAUAUAAUUUGCAYAUAUAGGCAUCAAUUUAUUACGCUUUUGCAAGCUGGCUGCAAAACAAAAAAAAAACUUUAAAAAAGAGGAAAGUCGAUAGGAAAAUGACUUUCCCUAAAGCUUAAAUGAUAGAUAAGUAAGUACAUGGAUUCCUAAAAUCUGUAAACAGUAAAUUGAAUGACUUGCUCAAGUCAAAUUUUACUUUUUCAAUCUGGCUCUGCAAUUUUAUUCAUGUAAUGUAUAGCCUUGACUGCGAUAUGAGUCGGCAAAGCUAUUGUGGAGACUACUGUGACCGAGACAGUUAUAGACCACAACUCGCACCGAUGUGAGGCUUAAUAUGUAAACAAAGGAAUCUGGCAUGAUUCGUGACUUUUGAAUCACGCCAGAUUACUUUGAGUCACGCCAGAUCCCUUUGUUCACAACUUAAGCCUCAUAUUGGUGCAAGUUUUGAAUUUGGUCUAUAUCUUACAAUUUCAUAAAGUCCCGUUCUUGCUCGGCCUGUACAUCAGAACAGCCUGGGUCAAGGUUUAUCAACCUUAAAAAAUAUACUAAUUCAGUUAAAUAAUGAUAAAUACCACAAUGAAUUAAAAAUACAAAUAAUUUACAAUGAAAUGAAAAAGAAGAAAGUUUAAAGGAUGUAUAGUCUAUAUGCUAUUUUAUAUUAAACUAAGAAGAUCAUUAUUUUAUAUUAUUUAUUUAAAUCCAGAUUAAUUCCUUCGCUUUGUACAAGGAAUGUAAGAGCCUUGGUGCGAAAUUUUUAAAAAGAUUUGCAGCCAGUCUCUCACGUCCAUGGUUUUAAAAGAGUAAUGCUUAUUAUAAAGUUUAGAAAUCAUGAUUUUAUUGCUUUAAAACGUAGAUUAAUUUGUUAUGGUAAAAUAUUUUGCGAAAAGAAAGAGAAAUAGCAUAUUUAAGAAGAAAACCUCCUGAUUGGAUAAAUGGUCAGCUGAGGGUUGGGCUUUUAAGUGAUGACGUAUUUCCGGUUCUAAUUUAAUGACGUCACUUAAAAACCAAAUGAAAGAGCUAAAUCUAUUACAAUCUGUAAAAUAUUAUUUAUUCCAUCACUUGACAAAAAUAAACAUCAGUUCUUAUAGAUUGUUCUAGAUUUUUCGUUUAUUUUUGUGAAUUAUUUUCUGGUCUCCAGGGCCUUUCAGUAUUACAAUUUGAGCAUGCCCUAGGUACUAGAAAGUGAUAAAUACUAGAUCGUCCAGCUAAAAUAUAUUAUUUGAUUAUUUACACAGACUUAAUUUAAAUGUAACACUUGAUUCAACUUAUUGGUCUUUAGAGUGCUGUAACGGUUGCAUGAACAUUGAACGUGUUAAAUCCUGUUAGGCAAUACUGUCUCGUAGGUAUACCUACAAACCAAUUAAAUCAAGUGACAGCUUCUUGAAAUGUGACAAGGCCACAGACACAAAAAAAAAGAUUCCAGUCCCUACUCGGUUUCAAUCAUAGGCCCUGCUGCAUUUCAAGAUGGUGGCUAACUAAAUUUUAACUAUCAGCACUCUUCAAAUUAGUGUAUUCACUCUCGCUGAAACUUCCUCAAUUUCAACAACAACAGCGAAAAGACAAUCAAUCUYGUAUUUCCUUUUUUACACCAUUAAUGAAGCGAAAGCUGAAUUCCGCUAAGUUUGAAAAGAUACCAAAAAGUUGAAAAUAAAUUAAUAAUAUUUAUAUGCAGAGACCAGUUCUUUUAAAUUUUACAAAAACCACUAUUAAAAAUCAUUGGAAUCAUUGAA